GGAAUCCUUAAAAGGAUUCCGAAGGCUUUUAUUGGACGUGGUGAAGCAGAGAGGGGGAUAAGAUCAUAAAUUCACCCCUGAGAACAGUUUGGGUCUGACACUGUGUGGAGGUCCAGGGCAGAGGGAGGAGGGGGAUGGAGUGUUUGCCCCCGCUGGGCUGGGCUUUCGGUCUGCAGGUCAACCCUCCCACCCCACCCCCCAGCCUCCCACCCCCCUCAGGUGCCCAUGCUGGGUGUUUCCCAUAGGCCCAGUCCCCUGGUCCUAAACAUAAAGAAGCUAGGCUAGCUUUGGCUUCACAACCCAUCUAAGUAUCUCAUGAGCUCUGAAGUCAGAUGGAGCUGGGAUAAGCCAAAGUCUUCAAAGAGCCCAGACCAGGGAACUUGCUAGAAGGGCCGCAGGCAUGAUCCACUGGGUUUGAGGAAUUCUCCAGAGGACUCUGAUCACGGUAAAGUUUUGAGAACUUCUGCUCACAUCCUGGUCCUGCGGUCCUCCACGGGGAAAGCUGUUGACUUGCCCAGGAGAUUGGUUCUGUCAUAGGACAGGGCUGGGUCUCUCCGACAACUAUCGAAGAGGCUACUCUGAAGCUUCCCCACUUGGAAGCUGCCGGCCAGAGGGAAGACAGUGCAGUCCUUGCUUGGGUAGAGCAUGAGGCUCAGAAGAAAACAAGAAGGAUGGAAGCACGGGUCCUUUUAUUCGAGAAGGCAGGGGCCCGAUAGAGCACCAAGGACCAGUCAUCUUUUCACCAUAGAACCCGGGACCACUGGGUCCCAGAGGCAAUGGAGAACCCUUAUGCUGGCCUCUGUUAUGCCGCUCUGGUGCAUUGCCUCAGGGUUUCUGCAUCUCAGAAACCUUUGUUUAUCCCUAGUGAGGUAUCUUUGCAAAUCUUCCAAAGAUGUGGUCCUCUCAGCUGCUAGCCCUCCUCGGGAGUCCGUCUUUGUUCCAUCUAAGAGCCCCUCCCCCACUCCCCCCUGUUCCUGCACUUUGCAGCCGCUUCUCCUGGUGUAGACACUGCAGAAGCAGGAGAGUUCCUGGGGCAGGUCCUCAGUUGACUCUCUGACUCUGCCAUCUGUCUCCACCCGCGUGCUGAGUGAACCCAAAGCUUACACCCCGGAGCCAAGCUCAACCAUCUCUGUAGAGAAGCCCCAGGCAGAGCCACACCCGCUCCUGAGCUUGGUCCCGGAGUCCCUCCCGCUUCCCUGACUGAGGAGAAAGGACCAAUCAAACAAACGCCCCAAGGUGACUCCCCCUCCUCUCAGACGGCGCGCUCACCUAAUCCCAAUGCCUCCUGCGACUUCCACCAACUCAGAGGUCUCCAGAGUCCACCCCGCCCUCCCCGGGCUGCGGAGAACAGGACCCAGAGACUGGCAGACUGGGUCCCACCCGAGGCAGUGAUCAACUAUAGCACAGGGGUCACUCUGGGACACGAGGCACUCAUUCUUUGGCUUUGGUGACACCUCAAAAGUGGUGCAGGCCCUGGACCGCAGGGACCGGUAGGGCCCAAGGCCACCAAAGGAGAAGAAGGCACAGGUACGGGUGGUGUGGUCCCCUAGAAGGAGAUGUUCAGGUGGAGAGCGCGUGUGGCUCCCGGACUGCCACACAUGAAGUGUCCUCGAACGUUAUGCCUGCAGUGCCCGUGACAGUUUAACGAAGGAUCCACGACUUGGCGUGAGGUUGGACCUCCUAAGGACAGGAGACAGGUCGUGUGGCAUUCUCACGAUAGAGACUCACGUGGGGAAUGAGGCUCGGGUCCUGGCACUCGCUGACUAGGAUAGAAGAGCGCCACGCACGAACCUCCCACGACCUCUUCGAAAACUGGAGAGGUGGCUGCGCCUCGGGCCAGGAGCCCUGGGAGGAGCAGCGCUGGGACUUAAAAGGUCACCACGGGAAGGCAGGGGCCUGCGGGGCGCAGGAGAUGCCCAAGAGGGAUGUGAAGCCUCAAAAUGACCCUGUUACCAGGAGACAACUCGGACUAUGACUAUAGUGCUCUAAGUUGUGCCUCAGACACCUCCUUCCACCCAGCCUUCUUCCCACAGCGCCAGGCCAUCAAAGGCGUCUUCUACCGCAGGGCCCAACGGUUGGGACCGCAGGACGACCUGCACCAGAGCAUCUCACUUGGGGACCGCAGGCGACAGAUCAUCAUCAACGUGGGUGGGAUCAAGUACUCACUACCUUGGACCACACUGGAUGAGUUCCCCCUGACGCGGCUGGGCCAGCUCAAGGCCUGCACCAACUUCGACGACAUCCUGAGCGUGUGUGAUGACUAUGACGUAACCUGCAACGAGUUCUUCUUCGACCGCAACCCGGGGGCCUUUGGCACCAUCCUCACCUUCCUGCGGGCCGGCAAGCUGCGCCUGCUUCGGGAGAUGUGCGCCCUGUCCUUCCAGGAGGAGCUGCUGUACUGGGGCAUUGCGGAGGACCACCUGGACGGCUGCUGCAAGCGCCGGUACCUGCAGAAAAUCGAGGAGUUUGCUGAGAUGAUGGAGAGGGAGGAUGAGGAGGAGGCGCUGGACAGCGAGGAUCAAGAGAGUGAGGGUCCAUCCACCAGCGAGGGUCGCCUGAGCCGCUGCAUGAGGAGGCUGCGUGACAUGGUGGAGAAGCCACACUCAGGGUUGCCUGGCAAGGUGUUUGCCUGCCUGUCUGUUCUGUUUGUCACCGUCACCGCUGUCAACCUGUCUGUCAGCACCCUGCCCAGCCUGCGUGAGGAGGAGGAACAGGGCCAGUGUUCCCAAAUGUGCCACAACGUCUUCAUCGUAGAGUCGGUGUGCGUGGGCUGGUUCUCCCUUGAGUUCCUGCUGCGGUUCAUCCAGGCACCCAGCAAGUUCGCCUUCCUGCGGAGCCCGCUGACCCUCAUCGAUCUGGUGGCCAUCCUGCCUUACUACGUCACACUGCUGGUGGAUGGCGCUGCCUCCAGCCGCCGCAAGCCAAGCACCGGCAACAGCUACCUGGACAAGGUUGGGCUGGUGCUGCGCGUGCUGCGGGCGCUGCGCAUCCUCUACGUGAUGCGCCUGGCCCGGCAUUCCCUGGGGCUGCAGACCCUGGGCCUCACCGCACGCCGCUGCACGCGUGAAUUCGGGCUUCUGCUGCUUUUCCUGUGUGUGGCCAUCGCUCUCUUUGCCCCACUGCUCUACGUCAUCGAGAAUGAGAUGGCAGACAGCCCCGAAUUCACCAGCAUCCCGGCCUGCUACUGGUGGGCUGUCAUCACCAUGACAACCGUGGGCUACGGAGACAUGGUACCCCGGAGCACGCCGGGCCAGGUGGUGGCUCUGAGCAGCAUCCUCAGCGGCAUCCUCCUCAUGGCCUUCCCGGUCACCUCCAUCUUCCAUACUUUCUCCCGCUCUUACCUGGAACUCAAGCAGGAACAAGAACGGGUGCUGAUCCGCCGGGCCCAGUACCUCAUCAAAACCAAGUCUCAGCUCAGUGGCAUGUCCCAAGACAGUGACAUCUUGUUUGGAAGUGCCUCUUCAGACACUAGGGACAACAACUGAGGCGAGAAGAUGCCCCCUACCCUGCCUGCCAGCUGCGGCUUCAUGCAUUCACCGCCACUGGAGCCUGGAAAAGGACUUAGCGCUUUCAAGUCCAGCCCUGGCCUGGGACUGACCUGAGCGAGCCACGGCACAGAAAGGAUAUAUGCCACAUCUCCAAGAGUCCCCGCCCUCCCUCUAAGCCCAGAAGUAACAGGGAAGCUAGCUCGAGCCAGUGCCUCACCGACCUGGCUUCUCGGUUGCUUCUCUUCCCUAAGAAGCUGACCGGCCCCAUCCCACCAUGUAAAGAACUUGUGCAGCAAAGUUCUUUGCGCACUGAGAGACUGCCUGGCGGAAAACACAUCCGGCAGCCACAUGUGACUUUAGUGUACAUCCACGGAAGGAAGAAAAAGCCUGCCACUGGGACUUUCAAGAAAGGAUCUGUGUCUCUUAGUGAAAGGACCACGGUGAUGGGGUCCCGGGGCUGGUGGGACAAUGGCAUGAUGGGAGAGAAGCAAACAGACAGACCUUUAAGGAGCCCACCACCGGACGCUGUUCAGGCUCCUCCUGCUCCUGCCUCCUGGGCUCCUCCUUCAUGCUUCUUCCUGCUCACACUCUCCACAGCCUUUUAUGCUUGAGGGCUCUCUUUUCAGACUCCACUCAUCCCAGCCGGGGUGGGGGACACCAACAAGCCGGUCAUCUCUGCUGUUUCAAAGGUGAAAUCGCUUCAUUCCAUGGUUUAAAAUUAGUGAGAUUUUAGCCUACUCCAAUUAUUUUAGUAUGAAGAAGAAGAAGAAGAAGAAGGAGGAGGAGGAGGAGGAGGAGGAGGAGGAAGAGGAGGAGGAGGAAGAGGAGGAGGAGGAGGAGGAGGAGGAGGAAGAGGAGGAGGAGGAGGAGGAGGAGGAGGAGAAGAAGAAGAAGAAGAAGAAGAAGAAGAAGAAGAAGAAGAAGAAGAAGAAGAAGAAGAAGAAGAAGAAGAAGAAAGUACUUUAUACCCCUUACCUGAGCCUCAGUCUAAACCCACAGUGGACCAGUGCUUCUGGCAGGGGUGGCAGUCCCCAGGAAGUCUGGAGAGUGUGAGGGAACCUCCUCUAUGCCCUCAAAAGAAGCCACUCAAGAAACGUAGUUUGGGCACCAAGAGGGACCCCAGGCCAACCUAGAAGAUUCCAUCUCAGACUGAGUCCUGGGUACCUGGCACUGAGGAGCCAUUGUGAACACACAUCCACACACGCUCAUGCACAGACAUGUGACAUACAUAAACACACACACACCCAUGCACAGACAUGCACACACACAUGCUUACAUACAGGCAUAGAUGCCCGUCCCCAGCCUCCUGGGUGCAACCGCUUUCCUUCCUGCUUCCUCCCACAUCCCAGCUGUCUUCUUCUCUGUCCAGCAGCAGAAAUUGGGCUUUGAGACAUGUCUAAGCCUGAUUGCGAGCUGUGUAGCCCAAACCCUGCCUGCGGACACAGUCUCCACACCUGUUCAGACCUUCCACCAGCCCCUCCUACCUCCCUUCAGACACACCCAGCCUACCCUGCCUCAUUGUGGGCCCUCACAUCUUCAGAGCCCUGUUCUGGGCCGCCCUCCCAUGCAUGCGGAACACUGCGUGACUUAAGGGUCAGGGUGUUCCCUUCAUGGCCUCGCUGUCCUGAGCACCCCGCAGUUUCAUGGUUUUCUCCAUUCCCUGCUGGGCUUUCUUUGCCAAGUGAAUGUGCUUUAGUCCUCUCUCAGCUCCUGAACUCUGCUCUGUCUCUCGCAGGACCAACCGUGUGUACCGGCAGGUCUUAAAGCGGUUCCCUGCUGCCUCCCAGGGCCUCGUUCAGGGUCAGCACCUGCCAGGUGCUCAGAAAACACUUAUUAAAAAACAGGAGAAAAGGGAAAGAGCAGAACGGAACAGAGAUGGGGAACCUGUCUAUUACUGCUUAGAUCCAAAUGUCCCCAACAGUCUAGAGCCAUACCACCCCAAAUGUGCCUGAUCUCAUCUGAAAUGUCACCCAGAAGUUCACCUGGCAAAGAUUUGGUUCCCAUGCAGCAGUGUUCAGAGGUGGGACCUCUGGUAACAGGAUCCCAAGGGCCCUGUCCCCAUCAAUGGACCAACCCAUGAUAAACUCACAGCUUCAAUGGCUCCUAGAAAAUAGAAAUAUAGAGAGGGUGGGACCCUGUUGGAGGAAGUCUAUUAUCAGGGACACGCCCUUGAAGGGUAUGCUGCCCCCAGAUAACUUCCUCUUGCUUCCUCUCUGGUUCCUAGCUGCAGUGAGGGAAGGAGUUGAGUUCCAGCAAGCUGGCCCUCCUGGGAUGCUGCACCUUGAAGUGGGCCAGAACCAAUGGAGUCAAGGGACCAUGGUGAAACCAGAAACCAAAAUAAACCUUCCCUCCUCCAA